GCAGGCGCUGGUCGUAUUGCUCCCUGAGGUGUCUGGCUGCUUUUUUGUUAGGAUGGAUUAUAGGACGGAAUCCAUCGAACGCACUCCAGGACACAUCUUGUGCUGCGAGUGUGGUGUUCCAAUUAGCCCAAAUCCUGCCAAUAUUUGUGUGGCCUGUUUGCGAAGUAAAGUAGACAUCAGCCAAGGCAUUCCAAAACAGGUCUCUGUUUCUUUCUGCAAACAAUGCCAAAGAUAUUUUCAGCCACCUGGAACUUGGAUACAAUGUGCAUUAGAAUCCAGGGAACUUCUUGCUUUGUGUUUAAAAAAAAUAAAAGCCCCUUUGAGUAAGGUGAUGAAUGGUGCUAUCCUUCAGCAAGUAUUUGUAGUAGAUUACGUUAUUCAGCCCCAGAUGUGUGGAGAUUGCCAUAGAGUAGAAGCUAAGGAUUUCUGGAAGGCUGUGGUUCAAGUGAGGCAAAAGUUGGAUGGUCUGGAUUUCUAUUAUUCUUCAAAACAGCAUGCUCAAAAGAUGGUAGAAUUUCUUCAUUGUACAGUUCCUUGUAGAUGGAAAGCAUCACAGAGACUGAUCUCUCAGGAUAUCCAUAGUAACACAUACAAUUACAAAAGCACUUUUUCUGUGGAAAUUGUUCCAAUAUGCAAGCAAUAAAUGAUGAACCUAGGGACUAAGUUGUCACCAUUGCUUUCUGUUUACAUGAUGCUUCCCAGUUUGUUUAUAUACUUUCUAGUUAGCACAUUUGACAACUUUUGAAAUCUCUAUUUAUUUGUAGUUGCAGAUAUUGACGGGAGUACUUUCUGGAGUCACCCUUUCAAUAGUUUGUGCCACCCCAAACAACUUGAAGAGUUUAUUGUGAUGGAAUGCAGUAUUGUCCAAGAUCUAAAACGUAGUGCAGGUGCUGGAAUGAUAUCAAAAAAGGUAAGUUUCAGGUCUCCCUGGUGGUGCAAGGGUUUAAAGUGUAGCACUAUGAAGCCAUUACAGCACAAAUUCUAUACCCAGCCAGGAAAGUGACCCAUAUGGUGCAGACUUCUCCUGUCUCCCGCACUGCUCCCUUAAGCAGGUAUUUUGAUCAUCGGGUUUGAUUUGGCCAACUGUAACUUAAAUGAUGAGUAUGUCAACAAAAUGAACUCAGAUAGAGUCCCAGAUGUGAUAUUAGUCAAGAAGUGUUAUGACCGUACCAAACGUCAGCAUCGUAGAAAUUGGAAACUGAAAGAGCUCGUGAGAGAUAAAGAAAACAUGAAUGAAGACAAUGAAAGGCAGUACCAAGAUUUUCUUGAAGAUCUUGAAGAAGAUGAGGUCAUCAGGAAAAAUGUCAACAUUUACAGAGCCUUCGACUUUGCACUGUUUCGCGGUGCCCCUGUACUGCUGGUGCUGGUAAACAUGACUUAA